AUGGGUACCUUCUCAAGAGCAGAAGCAAGGUUUUCAAGGAUCCAUGAGGAACUAGAGGUGACUUUAAUGGAAAAACAAAACAAAAACCUUCUAUCCAUUUCCGAGAAACCUGGCAAUUUGAGAAGAUGUAAAUUGCAGAGUAGCUCUUGUGGAAAUCCAGGAGUUCCACCCAAAGGUGUGCUAUAUGGUACAAGAUUUGAUGUUGGGGACAAGAUCCGCUACAGCUGUGUAACUGGGUAUAUCCUCGAUGGCCACCCUCAACUCACCUGUAUAGCCAAUUCAGUCAAUACAGCCUCAUGGGAUUUUCCUGUUCCCAUCUGUAGAGCUGAAGAUGCAUGUGGAGGAACAAUGAGAGGAUCUAGUGGCAUCAUAUCAAGCCCUAGUUUUCCUAAUGAGUACCAUAAUAAUGCUGAUUGCACUUGGACCAUUGUAGCAGAACCUGGGGAUACAAUUUCACUCAUAUUUACUGAUUUUCAAAUGGAAGAAAAAUAUGAUUACUUAGAAAUAGAAGGUUCUGAGCCACCUACAAUAUGGUUAUCUGGAAUGAAUAUACCACCACCAAUUAUCAGCAACAAAAACUGGCUCAGACUGCAUUUUGUUACAGACAGCAAUCAUCGAUAUCGUGGAUUUAGUGCUCCAUAUCAAGGUAUAUUUAAUUAAUACCUCUGUCUCUUUUGA